GCGAGAAGCCUGAGUGAGUUUGAGGUAGGAUUGCAGGGAUAUAACAGAUGCGCAGAAGUGGAUGAAGAGUCCAGUGGUAUGGAGAAACCGAACCAGGGCGCAGAGACAGGUUCCAUCUGAAACAAUAUCAAAGAGAAGAAAGAACUACCUGAAUGGGACCAGGGGGGAUGAAGAGUGUAAUUAACAGUUUUGAUAAAGAGCUGUGGUUAUAUUCUAAAAUGGCACGGAUUUGCACCCAAGCAAAUGCGCACUUUGCAAAGAUGACAUAGCACUUGAGAAAAUGGGAUUCCUCCAGGAACAUAAUUCACUCACGACCUGAAUGAAAAUAGAAAAGGAAAUCUGUUGAAAUCGGUUUAGUUUGGCUUGAUAUUUUUCUAUUCUUUUACUUGACAAGCUGCGGCUGUGAGUGAACUCUGAAAUAUGAAUCUGGGCAAACUGUUUUUCCUCCUCUCAAACUGUGUCACAGUGACUUUUUCGCUAUCCACUUGCACCACCGUGGACAUCGACCACAUAAAGAAAAAGAGAGUGGAGGCGGUCCGGGGACAGAUACUCAGCAAACUCCGGAUGACAAGUCCGCCUCAGACGACAGGUCCGAGCCAGGUACCGUUUCAGGUCCUGGCCCUUUAUAACAGCACCAGGGAGCUCAUAGAAGAGCUGGGAAAGGACCGGCAGCACAGUUGCGGACAGGAUAACACAGAGACUGAGUACUACGCCAAAGAGAUUUACAAGAUCAACAUGAUCAAUGGUUCACCAGAACACAAUGACCUCUCCUACUGCCCUAAGGGUAUCACCUCCAAGGUUUUCCCCUUCAACGUGUCGAUCGUGGAGAAGAAUGCCACCAACCUGUUCCGGGCUGAGUUCCGAGCCCUGCGGAUCCCCAACCCCAGUGCCAAGAAAAACGAGCAGAGGAUUGAGCUCUACCAGAUCCUCCAGAAGGACGACCUGAAAGUCAAACAGCGCUACAUUGGGGGCAAGAACGUCCUGACCAAAGGCCCCCCUGAGUGGGUCUCCUUUGAUGUGACAGAGACAGUGAGGGAAUGGCUGAUGUACAGACAGACCAAUCUUGGCCUGGAGAUCAGCGUGCACUGUCCUUGCCACACUUUCAGGCCUAAUGGUGAAAUCAUUGAAAACACGAAUGAAGUGCUGGAAGUCAAAUUCAAAGGCAUGGAAGGAGACUAUGACGAUCCGAGCCGUGCAAAAAAGCAGAAAGAGCAGCUGUACCCUCACCUCAUCCUCAUGAUGAUUCCUCCCCACAGGCUCGACGUCCAUUCCUCCUCCCGCAGGCGCAAACGGGCACUCGACACCAAUUAUUGCUUCAACAAUUACGAGGAGAACUGCUGUGUGCGACCACUAUAUAUUAAUUUCCGUCAGGAUUUGGGCUGGAGGUGGAUCCACCAGCCUGAGGGCUACUAUGCAAACUUCUGUUCUGGGCCCUGUCCCUACCUUCGUAGUGCAGACACCACCCACAGCUCGCUGCUGAGCCUCUACAACACCCUGAACCCAGAAGCCUCCGCCUCACCCUGCUGCGUUCCUCAGGACCUGGAGCCCCUCACCAUCCUCUACUACGUGGGACGCUCCCCAAAAGUGGAGCAGCUCUCGAAUAUGGUCGUCAAGUCCUGCAAGUGCAGCUAAGCUUCAGGGAUACAGCGGAGAGGAGACAUGGGAAGAGAAGCCUUGGAGGAGAUGGAGUUUAAAUCAGGCAGGAUGCAAUUCGUCCUCAAUGAUCACCCCCACCCCACCCUCGCCCCGGCUUUAGCCCUGCUCAAGAAGAAAAAGCAAUUCCCCAUCUCCUUGCAAUCAUUGACAGCAUUUACCAGAACCGAUCAGAGACCACUUCACCUUAACUGACAUCAGCAUUACUUGUGUUUGUCCUAUUAAUUAUUACAGCAUUUUGAAAAGCCUGUACCUCACAUGACUAUUGCCUGUUUUCACUGAAUGAGGAACAAGAACAACAGUGUUGGUAUAAAUCUCAAGGACCAUAAAUGUAUGCAACCAAGAAGAGACUGAGAAUGUGAACUGGACUUAGCAUGUGUCUAAAAGAGGUAGGAUGAGAUGAUUUGUUUGCUGGGAGCAAACGACGGGGCACAUCCUAAAAUCCAACCUGGAAGCUGUACUGUGCAUGAUGCCACAGCUCCCUACACUGUUUGUUGAGGAGUUUAUGCUGUUUAAUAAAAAUGAUGUAAGGAAAAAAAAAGAAGAAAACAUGCUGGAAUCCAAUCUUUAUUUCAUCUGAGUAACGCUGUGGUUAUGUUUACCUCUGUAAUGCAACAGCAUGGCGAUUCCAGGGAUUGUUUCAUUUUAAAGUGAAGCCUUUCUGUUAUAUGAGCUGAUCUAUGUCACUAAAUGAACUCAACUAGAUCACAAACUGUAAAUGUUUUUAUUACUCAUGAAAACACAUUUUUUUUUUUUUAUUAAAGGAAGACAAUUGGA